ACGGAGUAGAUAAUAUUUCUCGACUAUUAACACCAAUAAACAAUAAUACGAUCAAUGUUGAAUAUGUACAUGAAAUUAAAUUGAAUACACAAUUACUUUUUUUUGGAAGGAAUGACAAACACAAAUUUACCUCAUAAUUUUUAGGCGCAAAAGAUUUCUAUCUGUAAAUCCUACUACAACCUGUUAAUCUUAUUUAAUCUUGCUGCAUAUGAAGUUCAUGAAGUAUUAUUGUUGAUUUGUUUGUACAAAAAACUUGAAAUUUCCAGAAUUAGAGUUUGAAGAUGAACGCUGAAUCAGUGACAGAGUUUCUGGGGGGAGUUCCACUGCUUCAGAGGUUACCCAGUUCAUCUCUCAAGAAAAUUGCUGAGGUCGUUAAAGUCAAACAUUUUGAGAGCGGAGAGUAUGUUAUUCGUAGGGGAGAAAGUGGAGAUGGAGUGUAUUUUGUUUGGGAAGGGGAGGCUGAAGUUUGUGGACACGCGGAGGAAGAAAUUAGCCCGGAGUUCCUGUUAAAACGUUAUGAUUAUUUUGGCAAUGGUGCUUCGACAUCUGAGCAACAGGCAGAUGUGAUUGCAUCAUCCAAGCUGACCUGCUUGGUGCUUCCCUCUGACCAUUGUGCUUUGCUGCGGCCAAAAUCAAUUUGGAAUGCUAAUGAAAGACAAGAGACCAGAGCUCCUAUAGAGAGCAUAUUACAUUUGGAUCCUAUUGAAGUAAACCUAUUUCAAGGGAUCACAUUGUCUGAUGCUCCAAAAUUUGGAAAAGUUUUUGGAGGACAGUUUAUGGGCCAGGCACUAGCUGCAGCAUCAAAGACUGUUGAUUGUCUAAAAAUUGUCCAUCAUUUGCAGGCUUAUUUCCUUCUUGUUGGAGACUGUGACAUUCCAAUUAUAUAUCAGGUUCACCGCCUCCGUGAUGGGAAAAGCUUUUCCAGCAGAAGAGUAGAUGCUAUACAAAAAGGAACUAUUGUGUUCACAUUGCUUGCAUCAUUUCAGAAAGAAGAAUUUGGGUUUGAACACCAGGAUGCUGUUAUGCCCUUAGCACCAGCUCCAGACACGCUACUAUCAUUGGAAGAGCUACGUGAGCGGCGUAUUAUUGAUCCUCGACUUCCCAGGACAUACCGAAAUAAAGUGGCCAUGGCUAAAAUUGAUCCUUGGCCCAUAGAGAUACGAUUUUGUGAUCCAAAUGCUUCCACAAAUCAGACGAAAUCCCCUGCAAAACUAAGAUAUUGGUUCAGGGCCAAAGGAAAUUUAUCAGAUGACCAGGCUCUGCAUAGAUGUGUGGUGGCUUAUGCUUCGGAUCUGUUGUUUAUUGAAGUAAGCUCAAAUCCUCAUCGGAAGAAGGGUCUAAAGAUCAGUGUUCUAAGCUUGAAUCAUACAAUGUGGUUCUACAGGCCCGUAAAAGCUGAUGAUUGGUUAUUAUUUGUGAUGGAGAGUCCAUCUGCUCAUUCUGGACGUGGCGUAGUUGCAGGUCGAAUGUUCAAUAUGAAGGGAGAGCUUGUGGUAUCACUGGCUCAAGAAGGCCUACUUAGGGAGGCCAGAAGACCAGGUACAGCGAUCAGAGCCAAAUAUUGAAGCCUUGAUUCUCGCAAUAGUUCUUCAACUAGGCAUUUGCUGCACUAUUAUUAUUAUUAUUAUUAUUAUUAUUAUUAUUAUUAUUAUUAUUAUUAUUAUUAUUAUUAUUAUUAUUAUUAUCGCCAUGCUUGGUGUUUCGGAUCACGUUCUACUUAACUACUCCAUUGGUUUGUAUCAUAGUAUUAGUAUGAUGUACUUCCAAGUAAUUUUUUGUGUACAAAAGUAUCAUGAUGUUAUGUUAUGUUAUGUUAUGUUA